AUGGCUAUCCCAUGGGAUUCCAUACGAUCGCUUCUUCUCCUUGUCGGGCCUAUACUUGUACCCAAGCUGCUUGCAUUCUACCGCGCCUCCAAGAACUCGAGGAACCGCGCCCUACCCAUACAGUCUAUUCCCGUCAACGUCUCCGUCGCCUUAACGCUUCUCGCCUCUUUAACGAUUCUCUAUCUUGCCAAGACUAUCCCUUAUUUCGCCCCCGAAAAUGUAUUCUCCAAGACCGAAUCGAGACUCCAGAUACCGGUCGACGUCCUGUUCACACGUAUCGCGUCGAGCCGACCAAAUGAGACGCUGACAGCAGCCGAUCAUGUGCUCAGGUCCAAGUUUAUCAACCUGGAGUCUCGACUCCUAUACCUGCAGUUUGGGCCCGACGUUCUUUCUGAAUGCCCCUUUUGCAACUCUGAUGAGCCCCGGAGCUACUUCUACUAUGCCAUCCCCGCGAUAAUCUGGCCACACAUUGUGAAUACGGUGGCCAUCGCGGCGGUCACGAGCCCGACUCUGACAGGCCGGCAUGGCGCCCAGUGGCGAACCUAUGCGACGAUUGCGUCAGGCAUCCUGGGUGCUGUCGAGGUGUACCUCGUCAGCUCGUACAACUAUCAGGUCAACUCGCGCGCCCUCAGGUUGCACCAGCUCGACAUGUUCUUCUGGGACAUGCGUACCUACCGCUACGCUGCACUGGCCGUGCUAAAUGCCGGUCUCGCUUACGUUCUAUUCCUGUCGUCCACCAACCGCGCAUUCGGCACGCCCCCAAGCCCAGCUGAGCGCGUGGAAACGGCAAACCGGGCACUCGGUGCCGCUAGAGGCAAACUGAACGCCUUGGGAAUCAUCAGAAACACCACGGUACGGGAUGAUGAACUGCGUACCCGGGUGCAGCACUACUGGGCUCAUGAAGUGCGCUUGAUGGGAGAGGUCAUGGAGGAGAGGGAAGUCGUCGAGGGUGUUAACGACGCACUGAGUAACCGCAUCAAGAUCGAGGACAUCAGCCGAGACGCCGAGACGUACGCACAGAGCGUGCUGCAGCCUCUUGAGACCAAGAAGGAAGAGUAG